CUGCUCUGCCCCACCACCUCACCGCCAGUUGCCGAGCAACCAGGCGCCGCCCACUGACCUACUUCUAAAAUUAAACCUUUUGCACGUGGGGUGAGCAGGGCCGCUGUCACCUUCGGCCGCGAGUCUUCCUGCUCUGUUCCCCACAAGAAACGAGCCGCUCCCCGCGGCGAACGGGGUUUGUUUUACUUUCUCAUCCCGCCCAGCCUAUCCGCGCAGUAACGGAAAACAAGAUGGCGGGAGAGCGGGGCUUUUUUCCUCCUUUCAAACCCGCGGGAGCCCGGCCCCCUCCCUUCCCAGCAUGCCCCGCGCUUUUCUAACGAAUUUCGGUUCGAGUUCGCCGUUUGGGCGCCAUUUUCGAGUGUGGAAGUCGCCGAGCUGCGGUAGCAGCUGGAGUCACCCCUGUUGCCACAGCCUGCAGCAUUGCUGGGGCCGGGAGGCGCAAACCCUCGAAGCAAAGGAGAUAGAUUCCUUCAGUAGUCUUGCUUGCUUGGAGUGGAACAGCCAACAGAGAUCAUGCCAAGCAAGAGCACCAAACCCUCUACAGCAGCCCAUCAGAAAGGCAGAGAGCCCUUAGAGGAGUCCACCAGUGACAUGGAAGUGGAAAACGAAGGCAGCAGAAAGCUUGGCGAAAUACCUCCACUAGCAGUGUCAAGCGAGGUGGUUGAUAAUCGAAGUUUAGAAGAGAUUUUGGGUAGCAUCCCUCCUCCCCCACCUCCAGUAGUGACCAAUGAAGCUGGUGCUCCUCGUCUUAUGAUAACUCAUAUUGUAAACCAGAACUUCAAAUCCUAUGCAGGGGAGCAAACUUUGGGACCUUUUCAUAAGCGUUUUUCAUGUAUUAUUGGGCCAAAUGGUAGUGGAAAAUCCAAUAUCAUCGAUUCGAUGCUUUUUGUGUUUGGGUAUCGAGCACAAAAAAUCAGAUCCAAAAAACUCUCUGUGCUGAUCCAUAAUUCUGAUGAACAUACAGAUAUCCAGAGUUGUUCUGUGGAAAUCCACUUCCAAAAGAUCAUUGACAAGGAAGGAGAUGAUUAUGAAGUUAUUCCUAACAGCAAAUUUUGUGUAUCUAGAACUGCCUAUAGAGAUAAUUCUUCAGUCUACCACAUCAAUGGAAAGAAAACGACGUUCAGAGAUGUUGGUAUUCUUCUUCGAAGCCAUGGAAUUGAUCUGGACCAUAACAGAUUCUUAAUUUUACAGGGGGAAGUUGAACAAAUCGCCAUGAUGAAACCGAAAGGCCAGACUGAACAUGAUGAAGGCAUGCUUGAAUAUUUAGAAGACUUAAUAGGAUCUGCACGACUAAAAGAACCUAUCCAAGUUCUGUGUCGCAGAAUAGAGAAUUUAAAUGAACAGAGAGGGGAAAAGUUAAACAGAGUUAAAAUGGUGGAAAAAGAAAAGGAUGCCUUGGAAGCAGACAAGAAUAAAGCCAUAGAAUUUCUUUGUUUGGAAAACAGAAUGUUUAAAGAAAAGAAUCGGAUCUGUCAAUACUACAUUCAUGACCUAAAGAAACGAAUAAAUGAUAUGGAAAUGCAGAAAGAAAAAAUUAACGAAGAAACGAAAGAAGUUAAUGAGAAAAGCAAGAAACUUGGAGAUGAAAUGAAAACCAAGACUAAAAGUUUGAAAGAACUUGAAAAAAAACGCGAUAAAAUAACAAAGUUCAUAGAGAAAAAAAAAGAAGAAUUUACUCAGUGGGAUUUGCAGGAUGUUAAAGUAAGGGAAAAUCUAAAACAUGCUAAGAGCAAGACUAAAAAAUUGGAGAAGCAAAUUCAGAAGGACAAAGAAAAGGUGGCAGAAUUAAAAAAAGUACCUGCCGAUAGUGAAAAAUCUAUCAGUGAAACAAUGUCUAAGAAAGAGCUUCUUGAAAAGAGGAAAGAGGAAGAAGAAUUAAAACUCAAGCAGGUUAUAGACCUCCUUAAGCAAGAAACACAAGGACUUCAGACAGAAAAAGAGAGCAAAGAGGAGGAGCUUAUGGAGUAUAUGAAAACAGUGAAUGAAGCCCGUUCAAAGAGGGAUGUUGCCCAGUCAGAACUUGAGAUAUAUCUUGCCCGUCAUAAUACUGCUGUGUCUCAGUUAAAUCAGGCAAAGGAGGCUCUGAUGACUGUUUCAGAAACUCUUAAUGCAAGGAAAGCUGCUAUCAAAGAGAUAAGUGUAAGAUUACCCCAAGCAGAACAGGAGUUGAAGGAGAAAGAAAAUGAGCUUGAGAAACUAAGAAGAGAAGAAGAAAGUGCUAGGAAACUUGUUCAAAACCUGCGUCAUAAAGUAGAAGAAGCCAAAAGUUCUUUAGCAAUGAGUCGCAGUCGAGGAAGAGUGCUUGAGGCUCUGCUUCAGCAUAAGAAAAGUGGAAAUAUUCCUGGACUAUACGGAAGACUGGGAGACUUGGGAGCUAUCAAUGAGAAAUAUGAUGUUGCUAUUUCAUCAUCUUGUGGUGCUUUAGACAACAUCGUCGUCGAUACAGUUGAUACUGCACAGGCAUGUGUGAAUUUCUUGAAGGCAAAAAGAAUUGGAGUUGCCACGUUUAUAGCCCUGGACAAAAUGGCUGUAUGGGAAAAAAAUCUUAAGAAAAUCCCCACUCCGGAAAAUGUUCCUCGGUUGUUUGAUCUGGUGAAAGCAGCUGAUGAGAAGCUUCGCCCGGCUUUUUACUUUGCAUUACGCGAUACUUUAGUAGCCAACGACUUGGAAGAAGCUACCAGAAUAGCAUUUCAAAAAGACAAAAGAUGGAGGGUGGUAACGCUUCAAGGACAAAUCAUUGAACAGUCAGGAACCAUGACUGGUGGUGGGGCUAAAGUAAUGAAGGGUAGAAUGGGUUCCUCAGUCGCAAUGGUUGUUUCAGAAGAAGAGGUCAGUAAAAUGGAAUGUCAACUGCAGAAGGAUUCUAAAAGAGCAGUACAGCGUGAAGAAGAGACAUUACAACUUGAAGAAGCCAUAAGCAAACGGCAACAAGAUGUUCGGGAAAUGAAAAACAAUUUAGAAAAGUAUUCAGCAAGUAUUAAGAAUUUACCUGAACAAGAAAUUCAUCUGAAAACCCGCAUUAAGGAACUUGAAGCCAAUGUAACUGCUACUGCUCCGGACAAAACUAAACAGAAUGAGUUGGAAAAAGUCCUUAAUGGUUAUAAAAAAGAUUAUGACUGCGCUGCUGAGAAAGCUGGUGAAAUAGAAAGUGAAGUUAAGCGAUUACAUAACCUCAUAAUUGAUACCAAUAAUCAAAAACUUAAACCACAUCAAGACAAACUUAACAAGAUCAACAAAGAAAUAGACGGAUGUUUUUCAACUAUUACUAAAGCCCAGGUAGCAGUCAAGACUGCAAACAGAAACGUGAAAAAAUCUGAAGAUGCUCUUCUUCACAUGGAGAAAGAAUUGGAAGACAAUGAGAAAGAAAUUAAAGACUUAAUGAAAGAACUGACUGAACUGGAAGCCAAAGCUGCUGAGGUUAUGAAUGACUGCAGGCAAGCCGAAGAAGAGUUGCCAGGACUUCAACAGGAGUAUCAUGAUUUACUCCAGGAGAUUAAAACCAUUCAGGAUGAGGAACAUGCACUUCAAAAGGAAGCUCUUAAUAUUAAGCUGAAAAUGGAACAAAUUCACAGCCAUAUUUCUGCACACCAGUCAAAGAUGAAAUACUGGCAAAAAGAGAUGUCAAAAUUAUCACUGCACUCCAUAGAAGAUAAACCACCUGAAGAACUUCCAGUACUAAGUCAAGAAGAGCUGGAGGCUCUCAAGGAUCCCAAUGUUAUCACUAAUCAAAUAGCUCUCCUGGAAGCCCAGUGUAAUGAAAUAAAACCCAACCUUGGUGCUAUUGCAGAAUACAAGAAGAAGGAAGAGCUGUACUUGAAACACGUGGCUGAACUGGAUGACAUUACCAAUGAGAGAGACAAAUUCAGACAAGCUUUUGAAGAUCUCCGGAAACAAAGACUAAAUGAGUUCAUGGCAGGAUUUAAUGUAAUAACAAAUAAACUGAAGGAGAACUACCAGAUGCUUACAUUGGGAGGGGAUGCAGAGUUAGAACUUGUGGACAGUCUGGAUCCCUUCUCCGAGGGAAUCAUGUUUAGCGUUCGGCCUCCCAAGAAAAGUUGGAAGAAGAUAUUUAACCUAUCGGGAGGAGAGAAGACCCUUAGUUCACUGGCUCUAGUUUUUGCUCUCCACCAUUACAAGCCAACGCCACUUUAUUUUAUGGAUGAAAUUGACGCAGCACUUGACUUCAAAAAUGUAUCCAUUGUAGCAUUUUACAUAUAUGAGCAAACGAAAAAUGCACAGUUCAUCGUCAUCUCCCUGCGGAACAACAUGUUUGAGAUUGCAGACAGGUUAAUUGGAAUUUAUAAGACUCAUAAUACGACGAAAAGCGUGGCAACUAACCCAAAAGAUAUUGCAGCUAAAGGACUGGAUGAACUGAAGGCUGUUGGCUCCGAUACAGCUGAAACGUAGAGUGCACUUGCAUUCCCAUUGCUGCUGUUUCAUGUAAUAUACUUUUUCAUUUGAAAUUAAUUUUGUUCUAUGCUUGAGCUUUUUAAUCAACCAGCCUCAAUAAAUUUGAUUUUUUUU